UAUAUGAAGCAAAGGAAACAAGGAGAGAAAGAGAGAUCAAAACCUGUCGAGAGAUUGAUUCGUGGGCAACCUUGUAGUCCUUGUGAAGAAUAUAGAGACCCAAAAAUGACGCCGUUGCGGCGCCGGCGAAAAAGGACGCUAAUCUGACCCUCAGCACAAACCCCAUUUUCCUCCCCUUCGUCUUCCGAACCGAUCCUGAUGAAGCAGUUCGAUCCCUCACCGCCUUUUUCUAGCUCGUCCUCCUCUUUAAACGACGUCGUUUUAUUUAAAACGAUGCCGUUUAUUUGGAUGACGACGUCGUUUUAGUUAAGGUUAAAUAUGAGGAUGCUAUCUAAACGGCGUCGUUUCUGACCUUGCCAAGAUCAUUCUCCACAUCAGAUACUAUAUAUAUACUAUUCAGCCUGUAAUACAGCGAUACCAUCAAGGACUCCAACUCCAUCUCUUCUUCUCAUUCUGCGAAGCUAGGGUUAGGGUUAAGGUUAGGGUUAGAGUUAGAGUUAGAGUUGAGCUUUUUGUGGAAGCAGGAGGUGUGGAGAUGCAGCAGCAACCACCACAGAUGAUGAACAUUGCGCCUUCAUUUCCUCCCACCGCCAUCACCACUGAGCAGAUUCAGAAGUAUCUGGAUGAGAACAAACAAUUGAUUCUGGCAAUUCUGGAAAACCAGAACCUUGGAAAACUCGCCGAGUGUGCCCAAUAUCAAGCCCAGCUUCAGAAGAACUUGAUAUAUCUAGCUGCAAUUGCUGAUGCCCAACCACCAGCACCAACAGUGCCUCCUCAGAUGCCUAUACAUCAUGCCAUGCAACAAGGGCAUUACAUGCAACACCCUCAGGCUGCUGCAGCUCAGCAACAACCAGGCAUGUUUGGUGCAAAGUUGCCUUUCCAGCUUAGCGAUCAGCAACAGCAGCAGCAGCAUCAUCUUCUACACCUCCAACAACAGCAACCCAUCCAAGGGCUCAUGGGCAUGAGGCCUAUCAUCAACAAUGGCAUGCAUCAGGCCAUGCAAACUGGGCUUGGUGCUUUGAGCGGUCUCAUGGAUGUACGUGGAAGCAAGCCAGAUGGCUCAGAGGUUGGUUCUGGUGAUGGCCAAGGGAAGUCUGCUUCUGGACAUGGCAGUGGAAAUAGAGAUUCCUAAGGUCGAAGAUAGUUCUAAGUGAGAUGGCUGCAGGUGGUUAAACCAUCUAGGGAUGAUAGUGUGUAGACCUUUUUGCGUACUGGCAUAUACAUAUCUACAUAUUUCAACACAUAUGAACAACCUUUCCCAUCUCCACUGAAUUUGUAGUUGUAGCAUCUCCAAUGAACAGCCUCUAUUUUGAUCACUGGUAUACAUCUACAGAUCUCCAUACAUGUGAACAGCCAUUAUCUUUUGUAGAAUUGCUUUGUUUCUUUUUCACCAGUUAUGACAGUGAUGACAUUGGUGCAAACAAUGCUAAUAUACAGAGGAUAGAAUCGUUCUGGUCUCA